UUGUGGUGGUGCCGGCUGCGCUCCGCGGCGGCUGGUGGCUGCGGCGCCGCGUCUGCUCCGCCCGCCCGGCCCGGCCCGGCCCCGGCUCGGCCCCAGGGCCCCCCCCCCCCGGCGCCCCCGGCCCCAAGGGCCGCGCCCCCCGAGCCAGGGCAUUUCUGCACCUGGAGGAGAGGCAGGGGAAGAUGGAGAGUGAGUGGGGGUGGGAGUGGUCCUGUGCCUUCAUCCUUUGAGUGAGAAGGUGCCUCGCAUUCCUCACCGACUCGGAGGGCAGCUUCACCCGUGAGCGUGGAAAGAGGGAAAACUGCAUGGAUGGACAGAAUGACGGAAGAUGCUCUGCGCCUGAACCUCUUGAAACGGAGCUUGGACCAAGCGGAUGAUCGGGAUGAUGUCCUGGCAAAGCGAUUGAAAAUGGAAGGACAUGAGGCGAUGGAGCGCCUGAAGAUGCUGGCACUGCUGAAGAGGAAAGACCUCUCGGGCAUUGAGGUGCCCCACGAGCUCCCGGUGAAACAGGAUGGGGUGAAAGUCUACGAAGAAAAGCUGAAUGGGAGCCUGAGGCCCCAUGGGGAUGGCAGGACUGCAGGGAGGCCGGGGAAGGAAAACAUUAAUGAUGAGCCGGUGGAUAUGAGCGCGAGGAGAAGCGACCAGGACAGGGGCCGAUUAACCCCUUCACCAGAUAUAAUCGUCCUCUCUGAUAAUGAGGCAUCCAGUCCCCGUUCCAGCUCUCGCAUGGAGGAAAGGCUUAAGGCAGCAAAUCUUGAAAUGUUUAAGGGUAAAAGCAUAGAGGAGCGACAGCAGCUGAUCAAGCAGCUCCGGGACGAGCUACGGCUGGAGGAGGCCAGGCUUGUGCUGCUGAAGAAACUGAGGCAAAGUCAGCUGCAAAAGGAGAACGUGGUACAGAAGACUCCGGUUGUCCAGAAUGCGGCGUCUAUUGUCCAGCCAUCUCCUGCUCAUGUGGGACAGCAGGGACUGUCCAAACUUCCCUCCAGGCCUGGAGCUCAGGGGGUUGAGCCUCAGAACUUAAGGACAUUACAGGGUCACAGUGUCAUUAGGUCUGCCACAAACACGACUCUGCCCCAUAUGCUUAUGUCACAGCGUGUGAUCGCUCCGAACCCUGCCCAGCUCCAAGGGCAGCGGGUUCCUCCUAAACCUGGCCUCAUCCGCACUACAACUCCGAGCAUGAAUCCAGCCAUCAACUACCAACCGCAAUCAAGUUCUUCUGUUCCUUGCCAGCGUACGUCGUCUUCAGCCAUCUAUAUGAACCUUGCCUCCCACAUCCAGCCUGGCACUGUCAACAGGGUGUCGUCGCCGCUCCCCAGCCCCAGUGCUCUGAACGACGCCGCCAACUCCCAGGCAGCUGCCAAGCUUGCCCUCCGCAAGCAGCUGGAAAAGACGCUGCUGGAGAUCCCCCCCCCCAAGCCGCCCGCUCCCCUGCUGCAUUUCUUGCCCAGCGCAGCCAACAGCGAGUUCAUCUACAUGGUGGGGCUGGAGGAGGUGGUGCAGAGCGUUAUUGACAGCCAAGGGAAAAGCUGCGUGUCCCUCCUGCGUGUGGAGCCCUUUGUCUGUGCCCAGUGCCGCACCGACUUCACCCCGCACUGGAAGCAGGAGAAAAACGGGAAGAUCCUGUGCGAGCAGUGCAUGACGUCCAACCAGAAGAAAGCACUGAAGGCAGAGCACACCAACCGGCUGAAGAACGCCUUCGUGAAAGCUUUGCAGCAGGAGCAGGAGAUCGAGCAGCGACUACAGCAGCAGGCAGCCUUGUCCCCCACUGCAGCUCCAGCCGUCUCCAGCGUCAGCAAACAGGAGAACAUCAUGCGGCACCACACGCUCCGGCAGGCUCCGCAGCCCCAGAGCACUUUGCAGCGUGGCAUCCCCACCUCUGCCCGCUCCAUGCUUUCCAACUUUGCGCAGGCACCCCAGCUCUCCGUGGCGGGUGGUCUCCUCGGCAUGCCAGGUGUUAACAUCGCUUACCUGAAUGCUGGGAUCGGAGGCCACAAAGCGUCGAGUUUGGCGGACCGGCAGCGGGAAUACCUUUUGGAUAUGAUCCCACCCCGCUCUAUAUCGCAGUCCAUCAGUGGACAGAAAUAACGCCUAUUGACCGUCCCCCCCUUCCUCCCCACCUCCGUCGCAUGCAGUGCCUGUACUGGUGCCUACCGUACACGGGGAAAAAAAAAAAAAAAAAAAAAAAAAAAAAAAGACAAAAAAAAAAAAGAAACAAAAAACAAAUGAAAAAAAACCACAAAACAAACAAACAAAACAAAAAAAAAACCAUUUCAAACCUUCAGCGACCUGUCCUUUUUCCGAACCUUAACUUCUUUGGUUUUCUAUAGCAGUGAGAGGUCACGUCCUUUGCCCGAGGUCAGAACAAUGUCUGCUUGAAAUCAGCAUUCUCCAUGUGUUAAAGCUUGUUUUAUGCUAUUUUUUUGUAAUGACAAAGCAUAGAAUUUUUAAUUGUGUUGUGAGGUUGGUUGGUUUUUUUUUUUCCUUGGUUUUUUUUUUCUUGGGGUUGUUUUUGGUUUUUUUUGUUCCCUCCUCCUUUGCUCAAUGGAUGGUUAAAACUUUUUUUUCCUUUCCAGAGACUUUCUAAGGGCAUCCACUCGACUUUAAGUGACCGUUAAUUUUUUUUAAAGGGCAGCCCUAUGCUGACUUGUGGGGAAACGGGGGCAAAGAGUUGCGAUGGGCUGGAGCCCGGACCACCGCCCGUGGUGGGGUGCUACAAUUCCCUUGGCUUGGCAGACGAAGUCAGGAGCUGCCGACCCACACCCGUGCUCCCACCUCUCUUCCCGGAGGAAGGGAAGCCCGGUUUGGUGAGGAGCCGGUGCCCGCGGCCAUCGGCACCGACGGGGUCGACUGGACGGUGCUGGCGACCCCCUUGACCGACCCAAGGAGCCCGGCGAGGCGCAGAGGGGUGUCAAUGGUACCCGGUGAGCCCCCCGGCGUGGCGGGCAGCUGCCGUUGUGCGUGGCGGUGGCGGUGCUUCUCGGCGGGUUCUAGAGCAGACUGCGAAUGACCGGUGGCCUUGGGCGCGGUGAGUCCCCCUCCUCUCCUUUCCGCGCUCUUGCAUGCUCCGGAGCCGCUUGCGGUCACCGUCACCUGCUGCCAGCCCUCGUGGAUGAUGGGGACGGCACCGGCAUCGCCGCGUGGUACCAGGGCUGCGGCCGGCGGUUAACGAACCCAAAGCAAGAAAUAAGCCGCGAAAAGUCGUCUUGAGAAACGCUCGAUUUGCACUUAACCUUCACACUAACGGGCCCUCCCCUCCUCUUCCUCCUCCUCCUCCUCCUCCUCCGACCCCUGCCCCAGCCAGUGGGAAUCGUGCCCCGGCUGCCGGAGAGCCCCCGGCAGAGGUGCCCCCCCAUCCCCUCGCCCCCGCCAGGACCCGUUGGUGCCCAAACCCGAGUGUCUGCGCGGGGGUUUGCCACUCCCAGAGUUUCCUGAGAGUUUUCUGGUUGUUUUUUAAAAAUAUAUUGUUUUUUUUAAUUAAUUUUCCUUUUUUCAUUUUUUUUUAUUAUUAUUAUUAUUUUCCCCCUGACAUUCAAAUUUUCUCGUGCAAUUUUGAAGCGCCAGCUCGCCCGUGGGGAGCUGCUCGACGGGUGGGGGGGGGGGCAGGAGCACCCUCCCAGCAAUGGGGACAAGGCGUCUUCUCUCCCAAAAUGCCACCCCUCCACCAGUGAGGGGGACCCCCACCCCACCAGCAGCCCCCCCCCCCCCAAUGAGCACUUAACCCCUGAGGGGUCUGGGUGCCCCGACCCCCCCCCCCCCGCCCCGGGGCCCUCCAGAGGCAAAAGGAUUAUUUUUUUUUUAAUUUUGGGGUUUUUUUGGUUCUUUGGAAGCUAGUGAAGCGUAGUGGCGUAUAUAUAUAUAUACAUAUAUAUAUUUUUGUGGGGGUUUUUUGUUUUUAAUCUUGUUUAGCUGGCUCCCCCCUUCCAUGCCCCCCCCCUCCCUGGGAUGCUGAGAUCCUUUUCCAAGCUUUUCUCACCCUGCUUCCACGGGAGCACUUUGACGAACUGUUUUUUCUUGGCUAAACCUGAAUUUUUGCUGAUUUUGGGGUGGGUUUGUUUCGUUUUAUUGGCUGAUCCUUCAUCCCCCCCCCCAAGGGUCCUUGGUCGAGCCCCCCGUGUCCCCCCCAUAUCUCGCUCAAGUGCCAUUCUCCCCCAUCAGGUGUUACCGAGAGGUGCGAGGUGACCUGGGCGCAUGGGUUGAGAUGAAAUUACAAAAAUUAUGAGAAAAAUUACCCCAACAAACGAAAAAAAAAAUAACAACGAUGAGAAAAACCACAGAAAAAAAAAAAGAAAAAAAAAAAAAAAAAGAAAAAAAAAAAUUCCCCAAAACCAAGUGCAAUACUUAACGCUGAGGCUCUCCCGCCGGAGCCGGGGGGCGGCCGCGGGGGGAACCGAUGGAGAACAAGACGCCGACUUCAUGGUGCUAUAAGUGAAAUGCGCUCCCGGGGAUGGGGGGUCCCGUUUUUUGCUCCCCGCCCCCCCCCAUCUUGGUGGGGCACUGGGGUGGGGGGUUAUGGGGCUGGGCUGGGGUGGGAGCCUUGGCCCUGGGGUCUGCAGGCAGUUCCCCCCCCCCCUGCCCAGCCCCAACAGACCCCAAAGCCGUGCCGGGGGUCUCGCCGGGCCCCCCCCAGGCUUCGGCUGUGACCUGCGCAGGUUUAACAGGUUUUUUUUUGUUCUGUGUUUUUUUUUUUUUUUUUUUUUUUUUUGGCUUGAGCCCUCCCCAGCCCCCAGGGAUGUGAUGUACGGUAGAAAUCCCCCCCCUCCCUUUUUACCCCUCUCCUCUGGAUGCAGAAAUAAGGAUUUCUUCCCGCUUUUGUUGCAUUUCUUUUACAGCUAGGGGUAGAUCCGCUUGUGAAAAUGCUUUUAUUGGGAUUUUUUUUUUUGAGGGGAGGGGGUGGUGGUGGGGUGGGGGUUGUUUUGUUUUUGGUUUUUUGUUUUUUUUUUUGGUUCCUCCAAAGGCAUAACCCGUUCCUCCUCUAACUUCUCCCCCCUGCCCCCCCCCGGCCCCGACCCUUCAUUAGCUUAUGAUAUUGCUGCCGAAAUGUUAUAACAAGGACUCAUUCGUGUAUAUAAGCUAUUUCUCGACACGUUAAAAAAAAAAAAAAAAAAAAAAAAAGAUAAAAAAAUACAAAAAAGAAAUAAUAAAAAAAAUUGUACAUUGUGUAGAAAAAAAAAAGACAAAAGAAAAAAAAAAAGAAAAAAAAAAAAGAAAAA